AUGAGCAAGAGGAGAUCAAAGGCUCUGGGUGACACUUCUGAUACCCAGCGACCGUCUCAGAUCAGGAGGAUGGCGACGCAACCUGCGACAACGGCCAUUGAACUGAACGCAAAGGAAACCCAACUCAGGGAUCUUCUGCUCGAUACCGCUAAAUAUGUCGAUCGGUCAAAGACAACAGCUGAGCCUGUGGUGCUACGCUGGGCCGGAGGUUGGGUUCGCGACAAGCUCCUGGGCAUCGAGUCCCAUGACAUUGACACUGCCAUCAAUGUCAUGACCGGUGAGGCUUUCACGUCCAAGAUAUGCGAGCUAUGUGAGCAGCCUGAGACUGUUGAAAAACACAGAAUCACAGACACGGACAUUGGGAAUCUUCACAAGAUUGCGAGGAAUCCGGACAAGUCGAAGCAUCUCGAGACUACUACUAUCAAGCUGUUCGGCUAUGACGUGGAUUUCGUGAACCUGCGCAAGGAGACCUACACCGAGGACAGCCGCAAUCCUCAAAUGGAGUUCGGUACAGCCGAGGAAGAUGCAUUGAGAAGAGAUGCAACUGUCAAUGCCUUAUUCUACAAUCUCAACACCGGCAAGGUGGAGGACUUCACUACUGGCCUGACCGACAUGCAAUCCAAGUUAAUCAGGACUCCGCUGGAACCCUUUCAGACCUUCAUGGACGAUCCUCUGCGCGUCCUGAGGCUGGUAAGGUUUGCUAGUCGACUCGAGUUCGCGAUCGACCCUGCAGCAGAGAACGUCAUGGGCGACAGCAACGUGCUAGAUGCGCUACGGCUAAAAAUCAGUCGGGAAAGAGUCGGUGUUGAAAUAGAGAAGAUGCUAAAGGGUAAUCACCCGCGCAGGGCAUUGCAAUACAUCAACGACCUUGGACUAUACCACACCAUCUUCACGGACCCCUCCCAGCCGGGGAUACCCAAGCCGGACAUCUCUCGUUGGAAGUUGGCCUACUCGUGUUACGAGUCCCUCCGUGUCAACAAAACUCCAGGGUCCAUACAUGAUGUCCUCGUGCGGUCAGAAGAGGCAUCUUAUUAUGCCUGGGUUCUCGCAGCUCUGGCUCCUUGGGAAUACGUCGAACAGCCAGCGCGUACGGGUGGAGGUAAACCCCCACCUCCUCUUGGAACCUUGGCUGCUCGAGACGGGAUUAAAGCGCCGAACAAGCUGUGUGAUGUCGCCACAGCCGCCCAUAACAACCGAGCGGAAAUCAUGUCUCUGAAGGACGCAGUUCUUCAAAAAGCAGCGCACAUCGGCGAGCGCGAUCGCUUUGGCAUGGCGAUUAGGCGUUGGGACUCCCGAGGUGGUCACUGGCGACUUCAGGUACUGUCUGCGCUCCUUGUCGAGUCAAUGCAGGCUUUGGGCGCGGAGUCAGACGCUUCAGACACCAACGGAGAUUUUCUACGUAGCUGGCAGCUAUUCCUGGAUCACCUAGAAGAACUCGACGUCAUGGAGGCUCCAUCGCUGAAGCGCGUAAUCGAUGGUACCCAACUGGCGAAGACUCUAGGGAUCAGACCAGGGAAAUGGAUGGCACCGGCCCUGGAGGUGUGUGUGGCAUGGCAGCUGCGCAACCCAGAGGCCACGGACCCGGCAGGGGCGGUCGAGGAGGUGAAAAGCAAAAGAACCGAGCUUGGUAUUCCGGCUAAGUAG